AUGAGUCGUAAUAGGCGUAUAUUAGAAUUAGCUUUGAAAAAUAGUGAAAUAGACGCUGAACCUGAUAUGGAACAAAAUUUAUUUUCUGGCGAGAUGGAAAACUUAGACAUUGUUGAAAAAGAUUUUGAUGUCACAGAAAACCCUUUAUGUGCAAAUACAUCAUAUGUAUCACCCGAUGAAAUACUUAUUCAAUAUGGCAAUCAUUUAUUCGAAUUUAAAAGAAUGUUACGGCCUGGUUGUAGCAAAUUUCUAGACCCGAAUGGUAGUGAUGUAGAGUCUAGUGGUCAUAGUGAACCUUUCUCUGCCGAUGUGUCCGAAUAUGUACCUUCCAGUUCUGAAGAGAUACAAGCUACCGAGAGACAAUAUCGAGAAGUAUUCUACAAUGAAUUUAACAUAGAUUUCUUAAAUCUCAAGAAAGAUCUAUGCGCAACUUGUGAUAUUUAUAAAAGAGCUUCGAUUGAACAAAGGGAAAGUUUACAGCCUAAUUAUACUCAUCAUGUCGCUUCUAAAAUUGUGGUGCGUGAAUUCAAAACGCAAAUUAAGUCGCUUGCUCAAUGUAGUAACUUAGUAGUUGCGGCAUGUUUUAAUCUCCAGAAGAUCUUAUCCACUCCAAUGUCUUCAGCAUCAUACUAUAAGCAAAAACUCGCCGUCUACAAUUUUACAGUCUUUGAUUUGGAAGACAAUAAAGGACACUGCUAUGUUUGGGAUGAGACUGUUGGCCGGAAGUGCUAA